CCUGGGGCACAUCCUACCACACACAGAACACCUCCCCAAAACCCCAGCACCGUAAGGAAGCCGCUGAGGCCCAGAGCAGGGCAUCCCUCCGUGCCGGGAGCCGAACCCCGGCACAGCUCGGCGAGGUUUCCUCUGCCGCCGGAAGCUGUGUGAGAGUCAGCCCGGGCGGGCGAAUCGCUGCUGGCGGUCCCUCCCGGCAUGGCCAGAGGCUCCGCGAGCCCAGAGCAGCGCGGAGAUGCUGCUCCCGUGCCUCCAUCCCUUCCUCUGGCUCCUCCUGCUGCUUCCAGGUUCUACAGCUUCCACAAACUCCUCCACCCCUGCUGGAACAGGUCAAUUCCAACCAACAGCACCCAGCCCUGAAGCAAAGAACCACAGCUCAGAGCCGUCAGUAAAAUCAACACCACCGACUGACCUAAGCCUCACCUCUGUGGGUCAAACUACUACAGCCAAACCCUCCCCCACCACUACAACAGCCCUGACAGCAACCAGUGAGAGAGAUGAUAAGUCCAGUGGAAACGCAAGCACAGCAGCUCCUUCUCCAACACCUCAAGGUCAGGACCCCGUGAGGAAUGAGAGCACCACAACAUCAGCGACUCAAGGCACCUCAGAACCCAUCACCCCAACACCCAACUCCUCCAGCCAAUUACCUGAGCCCACCCCGACAGACGAGAAAUCACCGCUGACAGUGGCAGCUUUUGGUGUCAUCAGCUUUGUUGUUAUCCUGAUAGUGGUGGUGAUCAUCCUGGUCAGCGUGGUCAGCCUGAGGUUCAAGUGCAACCACUCCAAGGACUCAGAAGACAAACAGAAACCAGGAGCCUCCAUGGUAUCAGAGAGCUGCUCAGCAGACACGAGACAGAAGGGGAACAACAUCACUCUGAUCUCCAUGAAGAACAUCAACACCAACAACAGCAUGAGCUACCCCCCUUCAGAAAAGGUGCUAUGAAGCCAAGAGCCCAGAGCUUGAAGCUGACACGUGACAACCAGCAGUGGCUUUCUAGGUUCUUUUAUUUUUCCUUCGGGGAAAGAGCAAGGGUGGACUUCAUAUAUAUAAAUUAUUAUGUCCUUUCUGAUCAGUACAUUUACAGUAGUGUCCUACAUAGCUUCCCCACCUGGGGCCUAAGGACCUUCUCCAGUUACAGCCUGCCACGCUCCAUGGAUGAUAUCUAACUCUAUUUUUGAUGUGCCUUCAAACACUCAAUAAUUCCAGCAGCAAGAAGCACCAAGGCACCAUGCACUCCACUAAUAAACCUCUGCCUUAGAUUAAUGGCCUUUAUAGUCUGUGCCAGGCAGUCACGGGCUCGUUAAUCAGCACAGCCCCACGCCGAGCCAGACCCGUGCAUUGGGAAAGCCUGAUCCGAAGCUGAAGGCCUGAUGGGACUUAAAUGCCCAAGUUCUAGGUCAAAUCCCAGCAUGACUGCUCCAUGCCCCUUAUCCCCAGUGCCCUCAUUGUCCCCACAGCAGUGGGACGGUCACAUCCACCUAUCUCACAGGAUUGUUGUGAGGCCUUGUUAAUCCCUUGUCUGUAAAGCAUUUGGACAGCCGUGAAUUAAAGCCGCUGCUGAAAUGCAAAUUGCUAUUUUAAACACUUUAUUAUUAUUAUUAUUAAUAACAAUGGAGCUUCUGGACGGCAGAUCGUUAUCUCCUCACGCGUUCAGAGGCUCAGCUGAAGUGUAAGGAACAAAGUCCCUGCGUAGAUCAGGGUUUAUCUCUGUGUAAAAUGAAUGGUCAUAAGCAAAAUGCUGAGCUCCUUCAGCUCCUGGAGUGUGGCAGUCCAAGUUUGCCAGGAGAGCUUCCAUCAUCUCCACUAUUGCUUUCCCAAAGCCUCCUUGAACCAGGACGAGCAGCAUCCCCCUGUGCAAUGCAAGAGGCAGCUGUGCUUUGAGCUGGCAAGGAAUUGUUCAGCAAAAAAAUUGCAACAUUUUCAAAACUCCUGGUAAGAGGCAAUGCCUUUUAACCUCUGACAUCUGCACUGGGUAGUUUGAUAAGUUGUUUCUUAAUAAAUGAAGCUUUUCUGGUAAUAUUUAUGAAAAGUAAAAUGUUGCCACUCACCCAGGCUCCAUCAGACUGGUGAAUUUGCUUAACACAGAAUCCCAUAUAAUUCUCAGUUAGAUGGACCUAGACAGCUCCAGUUCCCAGAGUCCUAAGACUCCACACAUGGAG